AUGGCGCAAGUCAAACCCACCUUGACGCUCGACGUCAACGUCGGCCCUUCCAGUCUUGUCGGCGUCGGUGGUUCCGGCACCAGCACCACUCUUCGAGCUCAUCAGAAUGCCGUCAACAACAAGGUCCAGAACCAAAUACACGCUUCCACUUUCGGUCCGCAAUCCGACUACAGCUCUGCUGCUUAUAACACCAACGACUUUGAUCAGCAGCCAGACAACGGCGGCUUCAGCAGCGAUGAGGAUGGUCGGGAUGUCUAUGCCGCUGGUGCAAGCCGACUCAAAGCAGGAAGCUCGAGUGCAGGUGCCAGGCCUACACCCGACCAUGCUCACCAGGCACCAGCACGAUACCAACAGCAUCAUCAUCAUCAUCAUCAACAACAACAACAACAUCCCAACAGGACAUCCAAUGGCUCAGAAUACGAUCAGUCCGAGGACGCGUACAGACACGACGUCUAUGCGCAAAACGGCGAAUCUCAUCAUCAGAUGGCAGAUGGCAUUCACGACGAGAUGAUUUACGAGGACGAAGACGAUGAAGGCCAAGACAUUGAAGACGACGAAUCCGAUCUCAGCUCAAGUCCUUCCAUUCCUGAUGAGAACAUCAACUUUGAUCUGGUCUACGCUUUGCACAACUUUGUCGCAACCGUGGAAGGUCAAGCCACCGUUCACAAGGGGAACAGUCUUACGCUGCUCGACGACAGUAACAGCUAUUGGUGGCUUGUUCGCGUUCUCCGUACCCAAGAAGUUGGCUACAUCCCAGCCGAGAACAUCGAAACUCCUUUCGAGCGUCUUGCGCGUCUCAACAAGCACAGGAACGUCGAUCUCACCUCGGCUACUGAUGACGACCACAUUCAGGUGCCAGAGAAGAUCUUUACCAGCCAUCUCGUCAAAGCCAGGAAUGCCACUGGCACUGCUGGUGUCUCGCUCCAUUCAGGCAAGCUCUCAGCGCUCUCAAGACGUGCACAGGGCGCUCCCGCUCCUUUGACCAAGGAGCAGAGGCGCAAUAAGCGAGGUGUUGCUUUCGGUCCUCCUACCUAUCUCGAGCACAGCGGCGACGAGUAUUCGGACUAUGACGAGGACGCAGAGGAGCACGAGAUCGAGUAUGAGGAGGAUGCUGAUGGUAUCUAUGCUGACCAUGAGCAUGAUCAGGAGGAGGAUGAGCAUGAUGAAGAUGAGCAAAAUCAGAACCAGGGGCAUGCUCAGCGCAACAAGGCGGUUGCGUUCAACAAGAUGGAGCCGGAUGAUGGUAUGGAGUGGGAUGGACAGGAGGCAGAGCGCAUUCAGCAACAACAUCAGGAUGCGAUGCGUGCGGCUGCCUCGCAUGAUCAGCAGCAACAGGUCAUGUCCAAUCCGUACUCUCAGCAAUAUGGUAACAAAGCUGCUGCGGGGCCUUCGCAAGGGUAUGCCGGACAGGGGCAACGCAACAACAACGAACAAGACCAGUAUCAGCAACAACAAGGACCGCAGGAUCACAGGCAACAGCAGCAACAACAGCAACAGCAGCAGCAGUCCCAGCAAUACCAGCACCAGCAAUACCAGCACCAGCAACAGCGCGAGGGGCCAAGCAAUGCCAAUGGCGAUGAGCAAAUGUACGCCAACGGCCGGUCCUCGACUUCAUCACAGCAGCUGGGUGUUGCAGGUCCAAGCUAUGGCGCACAAGCACCGAAUCGCGUUCCUGGAGAGCACAUGCGUACCACAUCAGCAGAGCGUUCCAUUUCCAGCAUCAACUCUGGAGCUUCAGGCUACGACGCCAGUGUUCGUCCCAACUCGAUCGUUGUGAGUCGAAACAGCACGUCAAGCAGCAACGGUUUCUUACCCUCCCACAUCCAACGCGAGCGAGCCAACUCGGACGCCAGUGCCAACUCAACUGUCAUCGCAGCUGACUCUUCCUCUCUUUUCGACAAAGACAAACGCAAGAGCAACCGCAGCAGUAAGAGCAACGUCACGCUCGAAGUGCAAGACGAGAAGGCGGGCAAGAAGCGUUCGGGUGUUUUCAGUCUCUUCUCGCGCAAGGACAAGAAGGAUCGUAAGAGUGGCAACUUUGAUGAUCGCGACAGUAUGGCCGGUAUCAGCUCGCAAGACAGUUUUGCGGAUCAUGGCCGAGGACGAGGCAGUCCAGCUGGCAGUGCAAAUACUGACAAUCCUGUGGUCCAGGCUGCGAAUGCAGGCUUGCAGCCGGGUCAGAGUAUCGGAAUGGGCAAGGCGGUGCAAGAUCGUGACCGUGCUACACAAGAGGCCUAUCAGAAGCAGUUCCUCUCCCCGCAAAACAGCAGUUUCGACUCUUCGCAAUUGGCCAGUCCGAACAUGCAAGAUGGGCAGAGGCGGUUGCAGCAACGACCUGGAUCUCUUGUUGGACCCUCUGGUUCUACGCCAAUGCUCAGCGUUCUGCGUGUGUUCGCAGGCGAAGGUGUCGAUUCGGACUCGACGUUCAAGACUGUUUUGCUCAACGACAGUACGCGAUCGGUGGAUCUUCAGCGUCAGGCUCUGCAAAGGUUUGGUGUCAACUUGCACGAUAUGGACAAGUACGUGUUGACCAUCAAGCGUUUGGAAGGUGAUGAGCGACCGUUGGACGAGGAAGAACGUCCGUUGCGACUCUUUAACACGCUCACCGCGAUCUUGCACCAGGGUCAGGUGACCGUUCCGAGUGUCAAGAGGUCCAGUGUCGGAUCCAUCUCUUCGAUCUCUUCCAACCUCAGCACGCAUCCGGCGAUUGCACGUCUCGGUAACGACUUUAGCGACGACCAUGCGGUCAAGUUCUACAUCAGUAGAUGCGAUCGUUUGCAGGGAUAUGUCGAUCUGAGUGGAAAUCACACUGCUGAUGAGUCAGGUCGAUCAGUGGCGAAUGUCUCGGAUCUGUCGGUUUCGCAGGAUAACAGCAAUGUUACUUCGCUCAGUCUCGGUGGUGGGGAAGAUGCUGCACGCAGUAGCCACUCUUCCGUGUUGACAGGGGAGACUAGUGAGACGGUGCAGAGUCCCACGGCUCGCUUUGCCUUGCGUCUGGUUAUCCACGCGUCGGAUUUGCCGGAUGGAGUUGUGUUCGAUCCACAGUCGAAUGCGCUCAUUCCUGCCGCAACACUACGGGAAAGCCAUGGAAUGGCAGAAGGUAACAUGCAGCAUCGAUUUAGGGAGAAAAUUCUGACUUUCCCUCGCAACACCACUGUCGCGGAAGUCGUCGAAGAGGGUCUGGAUCGAUUCGGUAUCGCUGAAGGCGUGGUGGAGGGUGGAGACGAUGUGGAAGAUCGACCUUCGAGAAGGAAGAGCAAGUUGCAUGUCAAGUAUGGGUUGGCUGUUCAAGCAGCUGAUGGCGAACGAGCAUUGCCUCCUACGAGUAAGGUGUUGGAUGCUUAUCCUGUGCCGCCUACUUUUAAGGUGGGGAUUGGGAAUAGGAGGUCGGUUGAUGGGAAGCGACGUAGUAUCGAUGCAGCUGCACUUUUGGGUGCUUCGGAUGAUGUUGGUGCGAACGAUCCUGUUUUCGUUUUGCGUCAGACCACCCAUGCUCAUGCUGGGCCGAAAAGUCGACAGCCUAAUGGAAAUGUUGGUGUACGAGCACACAGUCCGACUGACAAUGCACUAGCUGCGGUACAGGAAGAGCGAGAAUCGCACCCCCAUCAACAAGCGACACCUGCUACUCCCAGCCCUCGUCUCGGCAGCGCACGUGAACUCGACCAAACUACUCCUAAGCAGCAGAACAUGACACCGCAAGAGAUCAUCGCAGCACAACGCGCUGCAGCUGCAGAACGCAAUGCUGCUGUACUAGGAGCCCAACGAAACGCACAACAAGGUGUGGAUGUUAUGCUUUCGAAUCAGGCCCGAAUCCGAUCGACCAAAGCAGCUGCAGGGAACAAAUUCAGAUACUCGUACGUCCCGGCUGAUGGUCAGGAAAGGGACAUCAGUAGUAUCAUCGAAGAUGUGAUGCGGGAUCAGACGCAUUCUUCGGCCGAUUCCCACCUUAGUGCGAUGGAUGCAACGAGACCGGCGUUUGGAACGAAGAAGAGUAUGCAAAGUGUUUCGACCACGACAGAUGUAGAGUAUGCUUCAGCUCAUAGUAGUGGUGCGGAGAGUCCGUUGAGUUUGAAGGAGGUCGAUUUUCAGGUUGAUUCCACGGCACCGUUGAUGUUUGGUGGGAAGAAGAGGAUUUCUCCUACCACAGAGACGGGGGCGGGGGUGAGUGAGGGUAGGGAUCUGUUGGAUACUUUGCUCCGUAGUGGUGGUGGUGGUGGUGGAGCAGGGGUUUUGCAGGGUGAAGUGGAUGUGGAGGAAAGGAUUAAUGCUGUUUUGGAUCGUGUGCAGAGUCCUCCCACCCCCAGCACCAUUUCGAAUAUUACCAACCCUACAGCUGCAGCCAUGGCAGCGCCGGGGACAAGAUCGGUCUCAGCACCCCAACCCGCAACGACACAUCGCAAGCAUCCAUCUCUCACCUCCGAACUCUCUCGAGACACAUCAAGUCCUCUCACCGUCGGAACAUCCUCCAACACCACCCAUGCGACCAACACCACAGGAACAAUGCUUACCCCUCUAUCGACGUUCGUCGCCCCCAACACUAUUACCACCAUCCCUAAUGCAGGGUCGAGAGGAGUGGGACUACGAUCAGCAAGCACCGGCACCCCAAACUCACGAUCUACCACUCCCUCCGCCUACCCUUCCUACGCAGCCCUCUCCUUCGGUGCAGACGACGCAUCGCUCUCUCACCUCUACACUAUCGUCGAAGCGGCUGCCCGACGAGACCCACGCAAGGUGAAACUGAUGUCUCACGCAAGUAUGUCUUCCAUCUCUUCAACAACUUCCCCCGUCCUCAACAGCUCCGCGUUAAUGUCUGGUUCGGUAGGAUCAGGUUCAAGACCAGGAUCGAAAUUGUCUACAAGAACAACAGCUGUGUUGUUAGAAGACGAGAAAGAAGCCUUGAAACCAGAGGUCGGGGGGUUGUUCGCUCCCAAUAUGCCUUUUGUUGAAGAUAAAAAGUUAAGAGAAGCGUUUGGUGGGAUCAGUCGGGAGUUGGAAGGAAUUGAGGGUAAUUUGGAUGCUUUGUUGGCUGACGUUAUUAGGAUCUUCUAA